AUGUCUCAUCUACAGUACUAUGUAUACCCAGGCCAAGGCGAACUUGUCACUGAACACAGCGGGCACAGCCAAGCUGUCCGUGUAGGAGAUCGUAUCGAGUGUUCCGGUCAAGGAGGCUGGAAGGAGGGUGGCGUUGUCCAAUUCAACACUGAGAUCAAUGCUCAGAUCGACCAAGCUUUCGUCAACGUCGAAACCUGCUUGAAAGAUGCGGGUGGAAAAGGCUGGUCACAAGUCUACCGUGUUAACUCGUACCAUGUUCCGAUAAACGACGAAGCUCUGACUGCUAUGGCGAGGAACUUCAAGAAGUGGAUGCCAGAUCAUAAGCCUAUCUGGACGGCUGUUGGGGUCACGAGACUUGGAGUUGAUGACAUGAGAGUUGAGAUUGAAGUUGUGGCGCAUGAUGAGGAGGGUGCGAAGGCUGCAAAGAAGUAA